UUGAAAUAAGUAAUAAAAAAAGUAUUUGGUUAAGCAGAAACUUCUAUUUAAACAGUUUUUUUUUAAUAAUUAACAAAUAAAAAGUAAAUUAAAUAAUUUCUGCUUUAUAAAAUGGUAUUUAUAUAUAAUUAGACCCACAAAGGCAGAAACUUUUCCCGAUUAAACAGUUCUGAGCUCUAAAAUCCCACAGAACCAGCGGAGACGAUCUACGGUCUCUCCUGUUGGCUGAUCCCGCCGUCAGUCAAACCUCUAUGUGCUCCUAUUGGCUGUCUCGUGUUUGUUGCUGUGGCGUGCUUGUGUUUCUCUCUUGGACAGUUUUAGUGAGCGGAGAUGCGCUCUGUCUGCUGUUACACAUUAAGCUCCGCCCCUACAGCGCUGUGACCAUAGAUGUAUACAAAUAUACAAAUAUAUAUCUAUGGCUGUGACGGUGUUCAUGUUGAAGGAACCCAGUUGGGUUUACGACUCUGAGGUUAAAACUACAGCUGCGGCGGUUUACGGCAGGUCGUGAAGCGGAACUGAGAGGAGACACGUGUAGAAGAACGACAGCUCCACUAGUGGGUGAUGGAGGAGUCUCCCUCUAUGGACGAUCAUCAGGACUCCUCCCUGGUCGUGGGCGUUGGCCUCUGUGACUCCGCCCCCCUGCUGUGGCGGCUGCAGGACCUGAAGACGGUGAGAAGCCUUGGCCUGGUGGGGGCGCUGCUGGGCUCUCUGCCCAGAACCCCCCGACAGAACCAACGGCUGGGAAGACCACUGCUGCUGCUGCCGGAGGAGGAGAAGCUGCUGAGAGACGAGGAGGCAGCUGGAGCUCUACCGGGACAAAACCAGGAUGUCGGGGGGGUGGAGCUCCAGCGGCGGUUCGAGGAGGAUCAGCAGAGGAGCUUUGAGGAGCAGAGUGUUCUCGCUCUGGAGGACAGGAAGUCAGCGCUGCUCCGAGCCAUGACAUCAUCACACACAGGUUCAGAGUCCGGAGCUGAGGCCGUAGACGAGGCCCUCCGCCGCCGCCUGGAGGCUCUGGACCACAGCUUUACCUUCCCUCAGUCGGCGAUGGCGGUCCAGCUGAGCACGGCGAGGGCGGGGCUUAGUUACUGCCCCGAAGCCCGGGCCCACCUGCAGGCCAACUGGCCAAUCAGAGAACAGAAUAGCCCCCGCAGCGACGCCAGGUGCCAGGUGUUCAGAGACCUGAGGGGGCGGGGCUUCUUCCUGACCUCAGCCGGGAAGUUUGGAGGAGACUUCCUGGUUUAUCCAGGUGACCCUCUUCGUUUCCACGCCCACUUCAUUGCCGUCUGUCUGAUGCUGGAUGAGUCCGUCUGUCUGCUGGACGUCCUCGCUGUGGCUCGACUCGGAUCCAAUGUCAAGAAGACGGUGCUGCUCUGCUCACCGACGGCGGACGGAGGCGUUCACUACACGUCACUGCAGUGGAGCGGGAUGGUGUGACAUCUGGAUGGAUGGAUGGUCUGACAUCUGGAUGGACGGUUGGAUAUCUAGAUGUUUGGUGUUGUGUUCAGGGACUCACAGCAGAUUGAGGACUCUAGAGCCUCUUCAGGGCCCUGGUUUGGCUUCUGAGCAGCAGAUUUAUUAUGACUCUAAGUACAAAGAACUUCAAGGGGAGAAAAUAAUUUAUACAAGACGAUAACAAAAGGGUAAGUUUUCAAUAACUUACGCCUGGCUCAAUGAAAAGGACAUUUCUGAUCAUUUCUUGUUCUUUUCUUGUGGAAUUUGCCGAAGACACAGAAACAAUGGUUUCAGUGUCUCCAGCAGAGGAAAAGAUUUUUAUUUUUGACGGUUGAAAAUAAAAAAAGGGCGAAUUUUUAAA